AUGUCUGCUGCCACCUGUCCACUGACUGAAGAUCAGUUUCUGUGCCCCAUCUGUCUGGAUCUCUUCAAUAAACCAGUUGCCACGCCAUGUGGACACAACUUCUGCAAGACCUGCAUCACUAAAAACUGGGAUACGAAUUUCCCUUCCCAGUGUCCUGUGUGUAAAGAGGUCUUCUACACAAGACCUGAGCUACGGUUACAACAUGUCAAAUCAGAAGACAUUUCCUGUGACAUCUGCACUGGAAUCAAACUGAAAGCCCUGAAGUCCUGCCUGGUGUGUUUGGCCUCCUACUGUGUGACUCACCUGGAACCUCAUCUGACAGUCAUGGGUCUGACAAAUCAUCAGCUAAUCAAUCCUGUGGAGAACCUGGAAGGCAGAAUGUGUAAGAUGCAUAAUAAACCUCUAGAGCUGUUCUGCAAGACCGACCAGAAGACUGUCUGCAUGCUCUGCAUGUUUUUAGACCACAAGACACAUAAAGUUGUUCCUCUGAAAGGAGAAUAUGAAGAGAAAAAGGUAGAACUGGGAAUGAUAGAGGAUGAAAAUCAACAGAUGAUCCAGAAGAGACUACUGAAUGUACAGCAAAUAAAACGCUCAGUGGAGCUCAGUAAUGAAGCUGCACACAAAGAGAAAGCAGACGGUGUUCAGGUCCUCACUGCUCUGAAGGAGUUUGUUGAAAGAAGCUUAGUUGAGAUCUUUGAGACAAUCGAAGAGAAGCAGAGACUGACAGAGAAACAGGCUGAAAGCCUCAUCAACGAACUGGAACAGGACAUCUCUGAACUGAUGAAGAGGAGUGCUGCGCUGGAGCAGCUCUCACACUCUGAAGACCACCUUCAGUUCAUCGAAACCUUCCCUUCCCAGUGUCCUGUGUGUAAAGAGGUCUUCUACACAAGACCUGAGCUACGGGUCAAUACUUUGAUCUCUCAGAUGGCUGAUCAGUUCAGACAGCCAGCUGAACAGAAAGCAAGCAGCAGCAACUCAGAGUUACAACAUGUCAAAUCAGAAGACAUUUCCUGUGACAUCUGCACUGGAAUCAAACUGAAAGCCCUGAAGUCCUGCCUGGUGUGUUUGGCCUCCUACUGUGUGACUCACCUGGAACCUCAUCUGACAGUCAUGGGUCUGACAAAUCAUCAGCUAAUCAAUCCUGUGGAGAACCUGGAAGGCAGAAUGUGUAAGAUGCAUAAUAAACCUCUAGAGCUGUUCUGCAAGACCGACCAGAAGACUGUCUGCAUGCUCUGCAUGUUUUUAGACCACAAGACACAUAAAGUUGUUCCUCUGAAAGGAGAAUAUGAAGAGAAAAAGGUAGAACUGGGAAUGAUAGAGGAUGAAAAUCAACAGAUGAUCCAGAAGAGACUACUGAAUGUACAGCAAAUAAAACGCUCAGUGGAGCUCAGUAAUGAAGCUGCACACAAAGAGAAAGCAGACGGUGUUCAGGUCCUCACUGCUCUGAAGGAGUUUGUUGAAAGAAGCUUAGUUGAGAUCUUUGAGACAAUCGAAGAGAAGCAGAGACUGACAGAGAAACAGGCUGAAAGCCUCAUCAACGAACUGGAACAGGACAUCUCUGAACUGAUGAAGAGGAGUGCUGCGCUGGAGCAGCUCUCACACUCUGAAGACCACCUUCAGUUCAUCGAAACCUUCCCUUCCCUGAAGGCUGCUCCCUCCACCAAGGACUGGACAGAAGUCGGCAUCUGUCCUCCAAUGUAUGAGGGGACUGUGGUGAGAGCUGUGGAGCAGCUGGAGGAGAUGCUCAGUAAAGAGAUGAAGAAGGUCAUUGAGGCAGAGCUAAAGAGGGUCCAGCAGUAUGUGGUGGAUGUGACACUUGAUCCUGAAACAGCAAAUCCCUGGCUCAUCCUGUCUCAAGAUGGGAAACAAGUGAACUGUGGUGAGGUAUAUAAGGAGUUCCCAGAUAAUCCAGAGAGGUUCUCCUAUUAUGCUAGUGUUUUAGGAAAGCAGAGUUUCACUUCAGGGAGAUUUUACUACGAGGUUCAGGUUACAGGGAAAACUAAGUGGGAUUUAGGAGUGGUCAGAGAGUCGAUCAACAGGAAGAAACAAAUCACUAUGAAUCCUCAGAGCGGUUACUGGACGAUAUCUUUAAGGAACGAAAAUGAGUACAAAGCUCUUGCUGACCCUCGUGUCCAUCUCUCUCUGAGGUCAGAGCCUGAGAAGGUGGGGGUGUUAGUGGAUUAUGAGGAGUGUCUGGUCUCUUUCUAUGAUGUUGAUAGCGCAGCUCUCCUCUACUCCUUCACGGGCUGCUCCUUCACUGAGAAACUCUACCCAUUCUUCAAUCCCUGUAGUAAUGAUGGUGGUAAAAACUCUGCACCUAUGAUCAUCUGCCCUCUCCGUCACGUCAAGGUUAACUUAAUGCGAAUAUACUCUAGAAUACGAACAAACCGGAAGUAA